CUCUGCUCUCAUCACAUCAUCAGCAGGGCGUUUCAGGCAAACAGUAGCAGUCCCCCUUAUCUCAGACUUGAUCCUCUUUCAGCUGGACGGCAUCUCCUUUUCGUGCAGGUUUGAGAAAUGUCAACAUGACCUUUUGACGUGGGGGAAAAAUGAACAAGCCCAAAAUGGCCACAGAGAAGGGUGUUCCCAGUAACUCUAAGGUAUUAAUGCUCCUGGCCCAGCUGGAGAAGAUGGACGGGGAGGUCAUGCUGAGAGAUGUAGAAACCGCAAGACUGGUCACAGCGAAGAUCCUUCAUCUCAUACAGACACAGGAGAAGAGUGGAAAAGAGGUGAUGUCCAAAGGCUCCAGUGGAAUGGAGGUCAUCCUGUCUUCUCUGGAGAGCAGCAGGGAUGUUCAGACCACCUUGAACAUCAUGUACAUCCUCAGUGAGUUGCUGACAGUUGGCCGAGGCCGCAGAGUGGGAGUGUUUGUUUCCAAGGGAGGAACUGGAGUUUUAUUCCAGAUUCUGAUUUCCGCCAGUAAAGAACUUCCUCCCAGUGAGGAACUUAUGUUGCAGCUUCACUCACUACUGGCCAAGGUUGGACCAAAAGACAGAAAGUUUGGAGUGAAGGCACGUCUAAGUGGAGCUCUGAACGUCACAGUCGAUGUAAUGAAACAGAAUCUACAGAACGCAAAAGUGCUCCUGCCCUGUCUGCAGGUUCUCAGGAUUUACUCUAACAACUCGGUGAAUGCUAUUUCUUUGGGUAAGACUGGUAUGGUGGAAGUCAUGUUCAAGAUUGUUGGGCCUUACAGCAAGAAGAAUACAAGCCUCUUUAAGGUGGCUCUGGACGCACUGGGAGCUCUGCUCAAAUCCAAAACUAAUGCCCAUCGUGCAGUGGACAGUGGCCAUGUGCCCGUCUUGCUUGCUUUGUAUCAGGACUGGCAUCGGAACGACACUCGACACUGUUGUAUGUUGAUUCGUAAAGGAUUGCUUGUAUGCCUCAGAAACAUUACCAACCUCAAAGUGGGCCGUAGGGCAUUUUUGGAGGCUGACGGCAUGAGAAUCCUGUACCACUCCUCCACUGAGUGUCUACCCGUGCGGACACUGGAUCCUCUGAUCAACACUUCAAGCCUCAUCAUGAGAAAGUGUUUUCCUAAGAAACUCCUGCCUCUGCCCACCAUCAAUUCAGCCUUCCACUUUCAGCUGUCUCAGGUCCCUCCUGGUGGGCCUGUGGACCAGCUGUACAGCCAGCUUUCUGGGGUGGAUGAUAUGGAUGAAAGCGAUGAUAACGAGGAGGCCGAGGGAGAGACAGACACUGAAAACGACGAAGACAAGGAUCAGUGCAACCUGAAUGAUGAUAUAGAGACAGAUCUCAACAAGCUACAUCCCAAUAGGAACAUUGGGCGCCCAUUUGAGGAGCUGAAGGUCUAUCAGAAGUUUUUCUCUGAGCUUUCUGAAGACUUUCAGGGGUAUAGCUUUGACUUUUCAAAGCGCGCCUCUCCAACAUCUUCUUCAACAUAUCUCUACUCAUCAUCGUCUGCUCGGUUCAGUCGGCCAGCUGAAGUGCCCACAGCUCAAACCCCGUCUCCAAAGCAAAAACCAGAUUCUCAGAACGUUUGCAACUCUGUCAAAGAACAUCAGACUCUGUCGUCUCCCUCCCUCACUAGUUCUCAAACUCCUCUGGACCUGGACACAAUCCACCUCAGCAAGAACAAAGAUCAACAAGAGGGUAUCAACAUUCCAACCCCAGAUAGACGCACCGCUCCAACCUUCUUCUCAAAGUCUCUGUCUCAAGGUCACAUGAUAGAGCAGGAACUAUCCCAUCCACUGGAGGGUGUCUCUCUUGAGGACAAAGGGAAUCAGAAUGCAGAAGCUGGUUCCGAAAAGGUCAAACUCGAAGGCUCUCCAGUUAACAACGUGAGACACAUCCAGCCACCUUUCCUCCUUGGGGGUUUCCCAGUACGUCGCACUGGUGGAGGAGGCAGCAACGUGGGUUCAGAUUGUGGGUCAGAAGGUACUGAAGACGAAGGAGGUGAUGCUCCGCUUCUGGAGGUGCCAGACACUGCUCGACUCCUGCCACUGCAUGACCCUGACCUUUAUGUGGAGAUGGCGAAGGAGACACAGUCAGUCCCACAGUACGCUGAAGUGGCUUACCCAGAUUACUUUGGACAUAUAGCUCCAACGUUAAAGGAGCCUCUUCUGGAGAGAAUUUAUGGUGUACAAAGGUCCAAAAUAUUUCAGGACAUUGAGCGGCUGAUUCAUCCUAACGAUGUCCUAGAUAAAGUAGUUUAUGACAUUGAUCAUCCCAGCCCUGUGAUUGAAGAAAACAGCGAAUCACUGAAGUUCAACUCUCAGUUUGAGUCAGGAAACCUCAGGAAAGCCAUUCAAGUUAGGAAAUACGAGUACGAUCUUGUUCUGAAUGCGGAUAUCAACAGUAAUCACUACCAUCAGUGGUUUUACUUUGAAGUGAGUGGCAUGCGAGUCGGGGCUGCGUACCGCUUCAACAUCAUCAACUGUGAGAAGUCAAACAGCCAGUUUAACUAUGGCAUGCAACCGUUGAUGUACUCUGUCCAGGAGGCCAUCGCCGGCAAGCCUCACUGGGCCAGGACAGGAGCAGACAUUUGUUAUUAUAAGAAUCACUUUGCAAGAAGUUCUGUUGCAACUGGGGGACAAAAAGGAAAAUCGUAUUAUACGCUGACCUUCAGCGUAAACUUCAUCCAUAAGGAUGAUGUCUGCUACUUUGCCUAUCAUUACCCUUACACAUACUCUGCACUCAAGAUGCACCUGUCCAAACUGGAGGAUAUGAGGACUCCUCAGAUCUACUUGAGGCAGGAUGUUCUGUGUGAAACCCUUAGUGGAAACACCUGUCCACUUCUCACCAUCACUGCCAUGCCAGAGUCAAAAUCCAGUGAUCUUAUCUGUCAGUUCAGGAAUCGGCCAUUUAUCUUCCUGUCUGCCAGAGUCCAUCCUGGGGAGACCAAUGCUAGUUGGGUGAUGAAGGGGACGCUAGAGUUCCUCAUGGGGACCAGUCCACUGGCAGUGAGCCUGAGAGAGGCCUACAUUUUUAAGAUAGUCCCCAUGCUCAACCCUGACGGAGUUGUUAACGGAAAUCAUCGUUGUUCACUGAGUGGAGAGGACUUGAACCGCCAGUGGCAGAACCCCGAUCCUGAGCUCCACCCCACCAUCUACCAUACAAAGGGCCUGCUGCAGUAUCUUGCAUACAUACAAAGAGCACCUCUGGUCUUCUGUGAUUACCAUGGUCAUUCCAGAAAGAAAAAUGUAUUCAUGUACGGCUGCAGCGUGAAGGAGACUGUCUGGCAGUCCAAUAUCAGUGCAACCUCGAGCGACUUACAAGAGGACCUUGGAUACAGGACUCUUCCCAAGAUCCUGUCCCAGAUCGCUCCUGCCUUCAGUAUGGCUAGCUCCAGUUUUGUUGUGGAGCGCUCCAAAGAGUCAACCGCGCGAGUUGUUGUUUGGAGAGAGAUUGGAGUAAAACGCAGUUACACCAUGGAAAGCACACUCUGUGGCUGUGACCAGGGCAAAUAUAAGGGACUCCAGAUCAGCACCAGAGAGCUUGAAGAGAUGGGGGCCCAGUUCUGUGUGGCCAUGCUGAGGCUGAAGAGGUUGACAAAUCUCCGCAAUCACCAGAAUUUGCUGGAUUUGGAGAGCGAUAUCAUUGGAACACAAACCAAAAACGUCAGCAGCUGCACCACUACCUAUGUGUUGGAGGAGGAUGAACCAUCCUUUCUGGAGGCUAUCGACUACAGCGCGGAAAGCAACGACGAGGACGCAGAGCCUGAAAGCUAUCUCUGCGGUGACGUCCAAGAGAAUUUCGAUCAGCUGUCAGACUCUGAAACUCUUCACAGGAACUAGUGUUAAUCUCCCUCAUAUGUGGUGUUUGGCAAUUAGUGCUUGGGUUAUUAGUUGAACAAAUUUAAGAUUUCACUCUUCAAACAGGAAUAUGCAUCACGUCCUACUAUGUCUUGCAGAUAAAUAAUCACACCUGUAUUCUGUGAGGGAUUAGUCUUGGUCGGGCCUCUGUUAGCAGCUUGUUGCUCCUCAAGGUGCAUACACCACCUGCCUUUCUCUUCAGAUAUAUUAGCAUUAGCAGCUGCAAGAAUAAGGAUGGAUUUCACUGAAUGUUUUCACCGUUUCAGCACCAAAUUACAACCCUCCGAAGCCUCAGACACCAUACAGCCUCUGAGAUUCACAUGUACAUAAUCGGAGUGAUAGUAUAUGAAACUCCUCUCACCUGCAACAGUAUAAUAAAAAAAAAAAAAUUAAAAAUCUCCUUUCCAGUGAGAGAACCACCCUGCCUUCUUAGUGAAAGAUUGGUGAGCUGUGCUUGUGUUUGUGUAAAAUCACCUUUCUUCAUUUUUCACCCUUCACAUUUAUCCCAAACCGAAUCUAUUGUCACAUGAAUGUAAAACAUUCACAUCUUUAUGGAAAUGAAUCUUAUUCCUGAUGAAUUAUGAUACCAACACACAAACCUUCACGAGCUCAAACACGCACAGCAGUUAAACAUUUAGACUGAAUGUAGACUGUCAGUGUUUAUUGUUUUCUCAAUCCACAGUAUUCUAAAGCAGUAUGAACAAUAAGCAUGAUUGUCAGAAACCAAAAACAUUUAUUUGCACUGUUUCUACAACCACUAAACACUUGAAAUAAAGAACAAACCUGAGAGUAAAAACUCAUUUUAUGUAUUACAUAUAAUCACCUCUAAAGUACUCUGAGCCCAGUAAAAGCUGAUGCUCACAUUAAUGUGACAAUAAGAAAAGAUAAGACUGGAACUAUGCCACCACUUUAUCUUUUUUUUUUUUUUUUUUUUGGGAGUAUACGUUUUGCUGAUUUGCAGAAAGUCUUUUCAGUAAGAACAGAUGGUGCUGCUUCUUAACGUGUGAAAUAUUUUGAAUUUUUGUUUUUGCAGAUGUGUCUCUUUUGGAUUUGCAUGGCUUAUUGAAAUAUUUUAUUGGAAAUACUUUUAAUUUAUGAAAUCUUUCAUAUGCAUCCUGCAUGUUUGUAUGACUCAUUUUUAGUGUAUGAAUGAAAAAUCUGUGUGCCCAUGAUUUUAAGUUGUCCCGUUAUUCUGCUCAGCUCUUUAAGUGUGCUUCUAUCAAAUCUGUCGUUUUUCUUUUGCCCAACUUAUUUCCUCUCUUUUCUUCCAUCCUUAACCUCUUUAAUCUUCUUCUAUCCUUGGAUUUGACGUCCUUUCACAUUUCACUCAUGAGCAUCUUAAAAACCCUGAACAAUGUGUGUGUGUGUGUGUGUGUAUGUGAAUUUAUUUUAUUGUAAAACUGUGUGCUAUUUUAUUUAUGUUUGGAACAGUUGACGUUUACACCUUGUGGGCUGUAUUUUAUUUGAUUGUAAGCGAGCAGAAAUGGUCUAUUUAAGUUGUGUGGCAUAAAAUUGAUGGUAAAAAGCAAGUAUCGGGAAAUAAAUUGUGAACAUGAAAA